AUGGUGAAAGCAUACAUUCAUGAUAAUAAGAGCGACUGCGAUUAUCGCGCACCCCACAAUUCCGGUACGGAACUUUCCUUGGAGGAGCUCGCAGAAUUGGGAGUUAUUUAUAAAUACUGUGCAAACGAGGAGGCCGUGGACAAAAUCGCUGAAGAGAGACAAUAUAAAAAUAGAGACGUGGUCGAUAUUCAUAAAGGGUCUUUCAGAAAUGAAACCGAAUUCGAUGAGAAAUUAGCUAUGUUCUACAAAGAGCAUUUACAUGAGGACGAAGAAAUUAGAUAUUGCCUGGAAGGCACCGGAUAUUUUGACAUCAGAGACGCUUCUACACCAGAAAACUGGGUUAGAUGUCUGGUAGAGCCAGGAGAUUUGUUAAUUCUUCCGCCGGGCAUCUAUCAUCGUUUCACUUUGACAAUUAGCAAUCAUAUUAAGGCGCUGAGACUAUUCAAGGACGAACCUAAAUGGCAGGCCAUCAACAGAUCAACGCAGGCGGACACUUUGCCCGUGCGCAGGGACUAUAUCACCCAGAUUAAUCGGUGUUAA